AUGACAAAGCCCCAUCCAGCUGCCGGCUGGCAAGCCAAGUACGACCAGCUGUUCCGUACGGAAAAGUCGGCCCAACCGCAAUUCUACCCUAGAAAACAGCGAACAAAGACCCCGACGCCGACAAAGCGCAACCAAAAGCGGCGUCUGUUCGGACCUUGGCAACCUGAACCAGCCCAAGGCGCCAGCUUCCCUGGUUGUCGCCCCCAAUUCAAUGGCCAGGCCUGUCCUCGACUCUACCGGCUCGACUGGAUACAGGUCAUUUCCAUCUCUGGCGAGUACCGGAUGACAGACAUGGAGCUUUUUACCAUCCGGGACGCUGUAUUUGUGCUGAUGGCUCAUCUCAAGACCGAAAGAAUCAGACAAGACUGA